UUGUUUCAUCUGACUCGUACGAACAAGUAAGGAAGUCGAAGAAACAAAGUUCAGAGUUCUGUCGGAACCAACGACGGCGAAUGGAGACAGACAGAGCGGUCGUGAUCGGAGGCGGAUCAACUCGAUACGCGCUGAAGCCAACGCGUAUAAACAGCGAGGACAUACUAAUCUGCGUCGAUGUGGAUGCGGAGUCGAUGGUGGAGAUGAAGACGACGGGAACCAACGGGAGGCCUUUGACGAGGAUGGAGUGCGUCAAGCAAGCCAUCAUCCUCUUCAUCCACAAUAAGCUCUCUAUCAACCCAGAUCAUCGCUUUGCUUUCGCUACCCUCUCCAAAUCAGCCGCUUGGCUUAAGAAGGAUUUCACAAGCGAUGCAGCAUCUGCUAUUGCUUCUCUAAGAGGAUUGUCAGCUACUAAAUCCUCUGGUCGAGCUGAUCUCACACAACUGUUCCGUGUAGCUGCUCAGGAAGCCAAAAUCUCCAGAGCACAGAGCCGGAUCUUGAGAGUGAUUCUCAUAUAUUGCAGGUCAUCCGUGAGACCAACUCACGAGUGGCCAUUAAAGCAGAAGCUCUUCACUCUGGAUGUUAUGUACCUUCACGACAAACCGAGUCCUGACAACUGUCCUCAAGAUGUGUACGACUCUCUCGUUGAUGCUGUAGAACGUGUUUCAGAGUAUGAAGGCUACAUCUUUGAGAGCGGUCAAGGGCUUGCGAGGUCUGUUUUCAAGCCCAUGUCAAUACUGUUAUCGCAUCCUCAGCAAAGAUGUGCUCAAGAUGAUCUCGACAUCCCCAAGUCUCUUGCAAAGAAGGUGCCUGUGGUUGAGGCCGCAAGUGUUGAUGAUAAUCAGAUUCCUCAGGCCAUGAGCCAAUAAUAAAUGCCUUUUUUUUCUUAAACAGUAAGACAGCUCCAAUCAUAUCUCCAAAUUUCGCCACAAAAACAAAGUUUGUUUUUCAGAAGGUUGUGCAUAUUUUAAAUCACAAAAAAAAAACAAGUGUUCUUUUGAACUUUUAUCUUCCCCACA